GGCGUCUCCUUCCCCUUCUCCGACUCGCACAUCGCCACGUCCAACUUUUUAGGUUUCCCCUCCCCUCGCGAGUCGCGAUCCUCUCGGUCCUGACACGCAAGCGUCUCCGCCAAUUCCUCGCCUUUUAGGCCUCGAUUCGAUUUGCGUCGGGAGCUUGACGACGGACAGCAAUCGCAAUGGCGGCAGGGAGCAAGAAGAAUCCAGAACCUUCCUCUUCUUCUUCUUCAGGCGAUCUCGGCGGCAAGACCGUACAAGAGCUCCUCGACAUGGACAAGGAUGCCGUCUCUGAGCUAGUGUCCGACCACUUCCAUCAGCUGUACUCUCUCCAGAACCAUCUUGAUGUUGAUGAUGAUGAUGAUGACCAUUGGUCUGAACACAAUGAGCAAGAGGAUCGAUCUCAGUUGCAGGAGCGGCUAGCCUUCUACCGCAUCAUAGGUUAUCAGUUAUCAAUGGGUGGCAAGAUUGACGAACUGGACAUUGCAAAACUGAAGGAGAAGUACUCUCCUGAAAUGCUUUAUAACAAGGGGUAUUUCCAGUACUAUGAGGAUAGUCUUGAAUGGUACUUCGAUCCUGAAAGAUGCAUGUUGACUAGCCUUGAUGACUACCAGAGGCUAGUGCUUUGUGAUAAUGGUUUGUACAUGGACUGGGAUCAAUACCACUCAAAUUAUAGUACCUACGAGAGUGAUCUAGCAUAUGUCAAAUUCUGUGAAGAGCUAGCAAAUGAGACUAAGUGGUUUGAAGAUUAUUUGGUACUCAUUGCUGUUAAGGAUAAGGUAACCAUUGGUCAGUGGGACAAAGUUAAAAAUAUAGUUUACCUUCAAGCACUGAAGAUCGCACUACGCAUUCGUGUUGUUUCUCUAAUGCAAAUUAUGGCUGGUUUCCAGGAAUAUAUAUGGAGCAUGCGGUUUGAUUGUUGUAACUACAGGGAUUUUGAUGGUGUGUAUUUUGAGGUUUGGAAGCGGGUUGCUAAGCAAAAGAUGGAAUUCACUGAUGCUCUGUCGGAACUCUAUAGAGAAGAUAUGUUUCCCUUGCGCAAUGUUGAUAUUAAGGAUGAGCUUGACAACAUUCGAGUGAGAGCGGGAUUCCAUUCGAUGAAGGAAAAUUACGACAUCUACGUGGCUUGCAUUGACGAAACGGUGCCAGAAAAUGAAGCUCGUCAAUUGAUCAAAGAGGCCGUCAUAAAAAUGAAUCGAAAACCAGAGACUUAUUUGGAUUACGCCAGGAACAAGUUGCAAAUCGCACAAGAUAUCGGUUUGAUCACCAAAAGUACACAGGACUAGAGCCAAGAUCCUAGAGGUCACUGCACAAAACAGGGGAGACAAUAGUGAAGCAAAGCUUGCCAUGGACAACUAAGCAAAAGGUGGCCGAAAGUGCAAUUCUUUUGCUGUGUUCGCGAAAAAAAAGAUGGCCGAAAAACUAUUUUCUUUAGUACUAAGAAGAAAAAGGAUAUUGAUGCUACGGUUUAUUAUCUGUAGUUUUAUCCAUUGUUACACUCUGCAACUAUAUUACAUCCCGAUGUAAAUUGAAAUUUAUGCAUUGGCCAUAUGUCACUGGAAAUCUGGAAUGCUAAGAAUGGGACUAUGGGAGCUGUAUUAGCUGAGGUCUCGGUAGAUUAGCUUGCAUUUUAAGAUCUGGGGUACCAAAUUGAUCAA